UCUGUGGUUGCCUUGCGAUCCUAUUGGACUGUGAAGUUUCGUGAUUUAUGCGGCAAAAAAUUAUAUGAGAAAAAGCUCCGUUACAUGCUAAUAUAACUGAAGCGAACAGUUAAAAUUAAGUAAUUCGGCUGCAAUCGCCAGACGCUUGAGAACUGCGGUCACUGAAAUACAUUUAAGAUGGAGAAAGUAAAAGAGAACAUCCUGAUCCGCGAACCGCUAUCGCUCCGCUGGCUCGUCCUGGGCGCACUAAGCUGUGCACUAGCAGCAUUUGCUCUGCUGGCAGCGGGAGACCUACUUCCGGAACCACUCACGCAAGCCGCUGAACCGACCAGCUUUAUUGCGGAGAACGCGCACAAACACCUAGUUACCCUAACUUCUAUAGGUCCUAGGGUCGCGGGCAGCUACGAGAACGAAGUGCUAGCCGUGGGUGUGCUGGUAGGCGCGCUGCGUGAGAUCGCGGCCGGCGCUUCACCGCACCAUAUCCUCGAGAUAGACGUGCAUACAGCUAGCGGCGCCUUCUCGUUGUCCUUCCUUGACGGUAUGAACAACGUAUACCGCGACGUCCAAAGCGUAGUGGCGCGUUUGUCGGCGCGCGGAGGCCGCCCGCCGCCCGCGAGCCGCCGAAACGCCCUUCUGAUCAAUUGCCACUUCGACACUGUGCCUGACAGCCCUGGCGCUAGCGACGAUGGCGCGGGGUGUGCCGUGGGGCUGGAAACAUUGCGAGCGCUGGCCGCGGCCCCUGCUCCACACCCUCACGAUGUUUUACUAUUGCUGAACGGUGCAGAAGAAAAUAUCAUGCAGGCUUCCCACGCCUUCAUAACCACCCACAAAUGGGCGCCCUCCGUCCGAGCGUUCAUCAACGUGGAGGCGUGCGGCGCCGGCGGGCGCGAGGUGCUGUUCCAGGCCGGCCCGCACGACCCCUGGAUCAUGGAGGUGUACGCUCACUCAGUGCCGCACCCAUUCGCAUCGUCGCUCGCGCAGGAGAUCUUUGAAAGCGGCCUCAUCCCUGCCGACACCGACUUUAGGGUGUUCCGGGACUUUGGCAACUUGUCUGGUGUGGACUUAGCUUGGAGCGCAAACGGCUAUGUGUACCACACGAGGCUCGACACGGCAGAUCGAGCUCCCCCUUCCACCCUCCAGCGAACUGGAGACAACGUGCUGGCGCUUGCCAAGGGUCUACUACAAAGCGGUCGCCUCUCCCGCAAAGUAGAACACACGUCCGGCCAGCCAGUGUUCUUCGACGCUCUCGGCGUCGGGGUCGUGUUACUGCGCUCCCACACCGCAGUUGCCGUCGCUAUAGCGGCCGUCGCUGCCGCCGUGCUGAGGGUGAAGCUCCAUGCCGGCUUGGCGAGGGACGAGCUAUACAUGAAACCAGGUGAAUGGCCGCGUCUAGUGGUCACGGCCCUCGCCCGCGGCGUGCUCGGCGCGCUGUGCGGGCUCGGCUGGGCCGCGGCGUCCGGAGCGGGCCUGCACAUGUUGUCCCCUCUGGCGUUCUAUAGCCACCCCUGGUUGUUAGCACCGCUGUACGCCGUGCCUGCGGUAGCGGUAGCCUGGCUGGCCACGCUGAGGCUGACGCGGCGGUGCGCGCCGGCGCUGCGCGGCCCGGCGGGCGGGGCGCGCGCGCGGCUCGCGGGGGACGCGCUGUGCGCCGCCUGGGCCGCGCUGCUGCUGCUGUGCACGCUGCGGGCGCUGCGCUCGGGGCUGACGCGGCGGUGCGCGCCGGCGCUGCGCGGCCCGGCGGGCGGGGGCGCGCGCGCGGCUCGCGGGGGACGCGCUGUGCGCCGCCUGGGCCGCGCUGCUGCUGCUGUGCACGCUGCGGGCGCUGCGCUCGGGGUUAGUACUGUAGCGGUAGCCUGGCUGGCCACGCUGAGGCUGACGCGGCGGUGCGCGCCGGCGCUGCGCGGCCCGGCGGGCGGGGCGCGCGCGCGGCUCGCGGGGGACGCGCUGUGCGCCGCCUGGGCCGCGCUGCUGCUGCUGUGCACGCUGCGGGCGCUGCGCUCGGGGUUAGCUGACGCGGCGGUGCGCGCCGGCGCUGCGCGGCCCGGCGGGCGGGGCGCGCGCGCGGCUCGCGGGGGACGCGCUGUGCGCCGCCUGGGCCGCGCUGCUGCUGCUGUGCACGCUGCGGGCGCUGCGCUCGGGGUUAGUACUGUAGCGGUAGCCUGGCUGGCCACGCUGAGGCUGACGCGGCGGUGCGCGCCGGCGCUGCGCGGCCCGGCGGGCGGGGCGCGCGCGCGGCUCGCGGGGGACGCGCUGUGCGCCGCCUGGGCCGCGCUGCUGCUGCUGUGCACGCUGCGGGCGCUGCGCUCGGGCGGUAGCCUGGCUGGCCACGCUGAGGCUGACGCGGCGGUGCGCGCCGGCGCUGCGCGGCCCGGCGGGCGGGGCGCGCGCGCGGCUCGCGGGGGACGCGCUGUGCGCCGCCUGGGCCGCGCUGCUGCUGCUGUGCACGCUGCGGGCGCUGCGCUCGGGGUUAGUACUGUAGCGGUAGCCUGGCUGGCCACGCUGAGGCUGACGCGGCGGUGCGCGCCGGCGCUGCGCGGCCCGGCGGGCGGGGCGCGCGCGCGGCUCGCGGGGGACGCGCUGUGCGCCGCCUGGGCCGCGCUGCUGCUGCUGUGCAUGCUGCGGGCACUGCGGUCGGGAUUCCUUCCAGCCCUGUGGACAGUGGGCCUGGCCACCUCCGGCAUCGUGGCAUACUCGCUACGUCUCCGCGGCGGCGCCGCCCUGCUGUGCUGGAGCGUGGGCGCCGCGCUGCCCGCGCUGCAGACUGGAUACGUGGCGCUCGACGCGCUGGCCAUGUUCGUGCCCAUCAUGGGCCGCGCUGGACCGGUGCCACACGACAUAGUGAUGGGCGUGAUAUCGGCAUCGCUAGCAAUGGCGGCUUGCUGCUGGCUGCUGCCGCUGGUGGCUGUAGCUCGAAAGCCACAUCGACUAGCUGCAGCAAUGCUGGCGCUACAAGCAGUUACGUUCGCUGCAGUACUGUUGACGCCGUUGGGUAACCCUUACAGUCCCACACGACCGCAACGACUAAUGGUGUUCCACACGCGUCGCACCGACCACGUCACGGGGAAGCAAGAGAAUCUAUUCUGGAUGCCGGAUCUGGACAGCAACUCGCCGCAUUCGCUCGACCCGUACGUGGCCGCAUUCAAGUCGGCCGUGGCCACGUCGGGCGCGGAGUGUUUGCGCUGGGUGUACUGCGGCGCGCCCUACUACCUGCCGGCGCGCGCCGUGGUGCCGCGCGGCCACGCCGCGCCCGCGCCCGCGCCGCCGCUCACUACACUCGAUGUGCAGUUGGACUUGCACAGGAACCCCGAUGUGCUGACGAUGAAUGUUACAGGGCCGUCGCAUGUGGUGGUAAUACUAUCGCCUGUGGAAGGCGUAAAAGUGUCCCACUACACAGCUAGCGGGGCGGGGGGUGGUGUGCCGGAAACAGCAGAACCAUGGGGCUCGCGAGAAACAUACUUCUUGGCGCUACAUGACGCGCGCUUGCCCGCUCCCUGGCAUCUCACCUUCGAUUUAGAGCUGGAAGACGGCGCCUCCCCGCCGCAAGGUGCCUGGGUGGACAUAUCAGUGGCGGGCCACAGUCAGUCUGGGCCGACCAAAGAAGCACCCGCGUUAAAGGAAUUACUAGCUUCCUUGCCGCCGCAUGCGGCACCAGCCGCUACUGGAUGGGGCGUUGAUUUACAUUUAUAUAGAGUGUAGUGAGUUUUAAAGACAUGAUUGUGACUAAUGGCGGGCACGACCAUCAGACAUGAGAAUUUGACAUAGAAGAUUGUGAUUCAGACAUUAUGAUAGUGAAUGACGAACAACAUCUCGGCGAUGUUUAUUGAUAAAUUAAGAAACUUUUCAUAUUAUACCACGCCGACAUUGAUUUCGCUACAUUAACUUGCCCCGUGGAGAGGUAGAGACGUGCGGGUCACUGAAAGCCCACGGCCAGUCUGUGCCAUGCAAAGAGGCGCCCUCGUGAAAGAGUUCCUCACUGCCUCGCCUUACCGUCUUACGCGCACGUUGCUUCGAAGUAUUAGUGUAACUAAAAUAAGCAACGAGGAUUCAAUAUUUCAUAGUGAUUAUAGUGAGUCUUAAAACUCUAAGCACCAUGGAAUGGAACAAACUAAAAUACUGUAGCGGCAAGCUAUGCGGGCUGCCGGUGGCCCAUAAGAAUACAGCAUGAACGCAGGGUAUUAUGCACAUUUAGGAACUUUGCCGACAAGUUGUUAAGAAUGGUUAAAACAUUACGACUGUGAUAGAUAAAUAAUAUCAAUACAAAAUAACUUGUUAACGAAAAGGAUAACGUAGGUUGUAAUUUACAAAGCACAUAGAAAAUACUAAAUAAAAAAAACAAAAUUUAAGUUAUUUUAGUGCUUAAUAACGUUAUGCUUUUGACAAAAUUGUAAGUAAGAAAGCUAUUUUAGGUGAUACUGUAAAUGUAAAUAUUGGUACUAUCUAUUUGGUGCACUCUGUUGAUUUUGUAUUGUAAUACAAUAGGGACAUUGACUGACAAAUCUAAUCAAAUUUUUAAAUUUUAGAACUGUCAAAACGAUAAGGAAGGCAGUGUAAUGUCAAAUUAACUACUUUUUGUAGUUCUCGAUUUUUUAAAUACUUUUUUUUUUCGAUAAUCAUUGCGGUUUACGAUUUUCCUGUGGUUUUUCAAUGUCAAAUAAGUCAGAUAAUUUAUUUGCUUUAGGUAUAUAAGUAUACAUGCAAGUAUAGGUACAAUAAAAUACUAUUUAGGUACAUUUGAAUAUAAUUUACAUUAUUAUUUACAAAAAUAU